ACAAGAUAAACCAUUAUAGAGCCAUGGACGAUUUAUACCGAUAUCACUUAUCAAAGAUUCAUGAAUUUCAAUAAACGGAUGCACAUUAUUUCAAAUGGAUUUAAAAUUCAAUUUCAAAUAUAUUUUACCUUAAAUUGUAUGUUUUGAAGUUUUUAAGAGAACAAUAAUCAAAGUAAUAUUAGGUCUUAUCCUAAAAAAUCACAAUGUACAAAGAGCCAACAGUCAUAAAAGCUGAAGUGAUGUACGCAUUACAAGAAUGCCGUGACAGAUGUUUGCACCACGGUACAAAAUUGUAUGUAUUUAAAGUUUAAUAUUACCUCCAUGUACUUAGUAUAAAUAAUUUGUAUUCUUCAUAUUAUCAUGUAUACUUUUAUAUAGCUUAAAUUUAAUUAUUACAUUUUUUGGCAGUUUAUCAGAAAUUUUGGUUACACUUAAAGAUAUUCCUCCAUUUUUUGAUUGUGAAAAUGAAGAUAGCGAUUCUAUACGGUUUGAGUUUGAACCAGCAUUCACUAAUUUAGAAGAUUAUCUUGUGUAUUCCAAAGCACGUUCAUAUUUUGAUUUAGAAGAUUACCCGGGGUAAUUUUAUACAUCUACCUGUUAGGUCCGCUUUCAUAAAAGUAAAAAAUACAUUUAUCUGAUUAUUAAACUGAGUUUAUGACCUGCUAACUGAUCGCAGUAGGUUGGUUUUCUUGUAAACUGUUUAAAAAUCAAUUUUUGCGUUUAUGAAAACGGAUCUGAUAAUAUCAUGUAUACUUGGUAUAUUCAAAUUUAUUUAAUGUAAAUUUAAUACAAUUUUCAGUUGUGCACACAUAGCAAAAUAUACAAAUAAUAGUAAAUCUAUGUUUUUGCACUAUAUGGCCAGAUACCUAAGUAUGCAUAAUGAAUCUAUUUAUGAGCGUACUAAUAUAUUUGAUUCGUAUAAACCUUUGAAUAUGCGCAAAUUUAUGGAACUAUUAGACGAACUUUUAAUACUUAAUGUGUAUGGAAGUGAAGAUGACUCAGAAGAAGAAUCUGAAGAUGAACCACAGUCCCAAGCCCCUCAACCCCAAGCUUCUCAGUCUCAAGUCUCUCAGCCUCCAACCUUACUUUUAUCCGAACAAACAUUAAAAUACCUUAUAAAAUGUACAAGUACUGAAUCUGUACAACAGCAGGAAGACUAUACUACCCCUAAAGGUAGACGAUGCAGUAGACGAUCCCGUAGUCAAAGAAUUGAAAAAGCUACUCUAACAAUUGGGAAAAAAAAUAGUAAAGUUACAAAACGAAACAAUACAACUAAAAAAGUAAAAGUUAGUUCAAUGUCGACCACUCAGUCAGAAAUAAAUACACUUUCUGUUGAUUACAAAGAAUCUCGAAAUAAACGAGAAGAUCCAUAUUUACUAUGGCUUACAGCUGUUAUGUUAAAAAAAGUAGAUAGAUGUGAUGAAGCUGUUGAUUUACUAGUUAGAGCAAUUCGUUUACAGCCUUGUUAUUGGGGAGCUUGGAUUGAACUCUCAACAAUGAUUAAAGACAUGAAAAUGGUAAUAGAGAAAAAACAAUAUUUAUUGCACUUAAAUUUAUUUGUAUUAUUGUUUUAAAUUUGUUUAUUAAAUUGUUAACUUUUCAGUUUGAUGUAUUGAACAGGCGACUCACUCUAAACAAUGAAUAUCAUUGGAUGCAUCUACUUUUCAUUGCACAUGUGUUAAUUGAAUUUCAAAUAAUCGACCGAGCAGUAAAAAUAUACAAUGAGAUUUUGAACAGUGGUCAUGAUGCUUUCCAAAGUUGGCCAUAUUUACAUUCUCAAUUAGCUAUUGCUCAUCAUAACAAGCGAGGUAAAAAUGGUAAAGAAAUUUAUAUUCAAAACAUUUUCAUUAUUAUCAUACUUUACUUAAAAAUAUUAAUUUUUACACAGAAAUAUCAUACUCGAUUUUAUCAUUCAGUAAUAUUAUAAAAUUGGAUCCAUAUAGGAUAGACAAUUUUGAUCUACUUUCAAAUCUCAUGUAUGUUUGUGAUAAUCGUGAAGAAAUUGUAGUUUUAUCUAAACAUGUUGCGUCUAUUGAUCGUUACCGCCAAGAAACAUUAUGUGUCCUUGGUAAGAUAUUAAUAAUUGAUAAAUGCUUAAAAACUGAGUUUAGAAUUGAAAGCUGGUUUUUUAUCCUAGUUGGUAAAUGGUUGUUAUUUUAUUUAUUAUUAUAGUAUAAGAUUACAUUUUUUUUGUUUGAUUUUACAUUUUCCGUUAUAUUGAUUAUAUUGAUGUUAUUAUUUCUAAAUUUGUACAACUCUUUAUAUUAAAUUUAAAAAUAAUAUUUGUAUUCCGUUACAUUAAAAUAUUUGCCUUCUAUUUAAUAUUUACUAAAAUCCUAAAUCUAAUAAUUUGAUAUAUUUGUAAUAAAUCUAAAUCUCAAUUUUAUACAAUAUAUUUAUCUAAAUACUUUGGUAUAUUAUUUCAAUACAAUUUGAUCAUGUUUAAUUUGUGUUUAGGAAAUAUGUAUAGCUUAAAAUGUGAUCAUAACAAAUCAGUUUUGUAUUUUAAAAAAGCUGUAAGAAUGAAUCCAUUCAAUGUAACUGCUUGGACUUUACUUGGACAUGAAUACAUUGAAAUGAAAAACUCUUAUGCUGCUAUUGUAUCAUAUCGACAAGCUUUAAGUAAGUAAAAUUUUAAGACCAUAAAAUAUUUAAAAAGUUGAAUUCUUUAUUAAUGAUAUGUUUUAUUAAUUUUGAAAUUAAUUACUUUAGUAAGUAAAAAUAUAAGUAAUAAAUGAAAUGUUUACCACAUAGAAUUAAUUUGUUCUGAUUUUCUAAAAUAUGAUUGUGAUUAAUCAAUUCAAAUUUUCACUUACACUAAUUAAAUUAAAGAUAUGUUACAAAUCUAAAAAGAAUAAGAAGUUGAUGUAUUUCCACCACAAGUAGGUUACUAUUGUAGGAGCAACAUUUGAACGGUAAUGGAUGUAGGUCAAUUUAAUUUUGUAUACUGACAGUAAUGAUAAUUCAAUACAUACAAUAAAUUCCUGAGUGAAGUAUUUCGUUUUUUAUUCCUUGUAGGUAAGGUGACCUAGAAAUCAAUAAAAAUAAAACUUAUCUAUUGGCAUAUGUUGUUAGUAUUUUAUUUGUAAAACUUAUUAGAAAUCUAAAUAUCAUUUCAAAUAAUUAAUAAUUAUUUAAAAAAUUCCACAUCAUUGUGUAAUAUAUUUAAGGUAUAAUAUAAAGUAAAUAAUAAACUAUUUUUACUUAUCGAAAAAAAACAGUUAUUAGUUUAAUUAAUAGCUUCUUUGCUAUACCCAGAAUAUUAAAAUAUAAUAAAUUAAUACAAUUUAAAUUAAAUUUUUGCUGCUAAUAGCUUGUUAGUUAUUAUUAAUGAUAUUUAAUAGUAAAUUUUUAUAUUUACAGAAAUAAACAUAAGAGACUACAGAGCUUGGUAUGGGCUUGGGCAAAUAUACGAAUUAAUAAAAUUACCGAAUUAUGCAUUAUUUUAUUUUGCACAUGCCCGUGAACUGAGGCCCAGAGAUUUCCGUAUGCUACUUGCAUUAGGAGAAAUGUUUGAACGUACUGAUCGUAUCUAUGAAGCAUUGGCUUGUUACUAUAAAGCCUUGCACUAUGAUAUUGACGGAACAAUAUUAUUUAAACUUGCGAAGUAUGUUAAAUAUUAUUUAUUUAUUAUAAACACAAGAAAUAAGAUAAUUUUGUAAAUAAUAAUUUAUAUGUAAAAAUAAAUAAAUGCCUGGAGUAUUAAGAUAUGUGUAUUGUAUGACUGGUUUAGAAUUAAAAAAUCAUCUUCAAGUAAAAUCACAAAGCCAAAACGUAAAAUGUGCCUGAAAUAAUAUGAAAAAAUAAAUUAAGAAAUACAUAGAAAAAAUUAUUCAAAUUGAUCAUUUUACAUAGAAAUAAUUUAUUUUAAUAGGAGAGAUUAUUUAAAAUGAGUUAUUAUUAAACAUAGACAUGUUAAAAAAUAUAAAUUAUUAUCUAAAAUGUAUUGAUAUAAGAUAUUAUUUAUUUGUGAUUUACUCAAUGAUGGUUACUAUGGUAACCAUAGUGUUACAUUUUUCGCAUUGUAAUAAGUGUCACAAAUUAUUAACUUACCCCAAAGCAAAAUAUCAUAUCUAUUGAUAGUUAUAGAAGACAUACAUUUAUUUUUGGAGAUUUUAAGCUUUCUUACAUCAAUUAUUUAUUAAAUUAUAAUUUAAAUAUUUUUAAAGCAUUUUAUAUUAAAAUAAGAUGUUCUAGAAAAUUCACUAUAAAAUAAAACACCAUCCAACCUGUCAAAUCAUUGCUUUGCUGCUAAAUAUUUAUUAUCUAUUCACAUUUUGUCCUUUCUUUUUUCAUGAAUCUAUGGAUUAUUAUUUAUAAUUUUAAUUAAAAUCUAUUUCUUGUUUAUUUUUUAAAUGAUAAUUAAUGAUUAUACUAACAAAUAUUAACUGAAAAUCCUUUGCAGAAACAUUUUUUAACAACUAAACACUUAAAAAUAUGAUUUUUAUGUCAAUGUUCUAUUUGUACUACAAGUGAUUUACCUAGAUAUUGUAUAUAUAAUAUAUUAUUAGCGUUUAAUUUAUAUGUAUUGUGUACCUUUUAUAGACAUUAUGACAAAUUUGGUGAUAACAGUAACCAAACAACUCGUGAAUAUUUUAAUGCAUUGAAUAAAAAAGCUAUGAAAACGGCAAUGAAAAAUAAAUCUGAUAUAGAAUUGAAUUUGAUAUUAAGCAAAAUAUAUUUAUAUUUGGGUCAUCAUAAUAUGGAUACACAACAUUACGAUAAAGCUAUUAGUUUAGCAGAAAAAUGUCGUAAUUUAUGCAUUGAAAUGGAAGAGUCAACUAGUCAUUGUUUAGAGGUAUAAAACUAAACAACUAUAUAAUUUAUUUAAAUUAUAUUUAUUUUCUAUCCCUAGGUAUUGGAACAUGUUAGUGCUCUAAUAAAUGAAGUUGAAGCCAGAACGGGAUCUGAUAAUAAUCCAGGUUCAACACCAGGUGCCAAAGCUCGCCGAUUUUUAUUUGCCCUAUAAGACUAGACUAGGUAUUAACUUAAUUGUUGUAUAUGAGUUCCAAGCACCAAGUAUAAGAAUAAAUUUAACUUAAUUUAAAGUUAAGUAUUAUAUCAUUUGUAUUGUUUUAUAUAUUUGACAAAUUGUUAAAUUUAUUUAGUUUUAAUUAAAUACAUAUGUCCAUCUUAAUGAAAAUAGAUUUGCCUUUAUAUUGUGAUAAUAAUUAAUAAUUAUAGUUAAUUCUAUUUGAAUUCGGCCAAUGCAAUUAUAUUUUUUUGAAAUAUUGCUCUUUUUGUAUAUAAAUUACAUUUGUUUUUUAUUUCUAUAUAUUUGAUUUCUUAGUAUUGUAUCUAAAUAUUUGUUCUAUAUUUUUUUAUACUUAGUUUUAAACUAUCAUAUGUAUUCCAUAAUAUCACAAUAUCUUCUAAUCCUAGAAUGGCCACAAUAUGGGUAAAUAUAUUGUAUUUACAGUUGCGUGGAAAUAAUAUUUUCCAUAGUUUGGAUUAAAAUAUUUAAAUUUUUGUAGAUUUUUCCCCAAAAUAGAAAUUAUAUCGCACUGCACCGUAUUGUAUCUGUAUAAUAUAGAAUGAUCAUAUGUCCUAUAUUAAACAUGAUGUCCCUUUUUUGUUGUCCCAUUGUCUUGACAAGUUUUGAAUAGGAUGCUUUUUCUCCC